AUGCUACCCAAAUUGUCCGGUUUGCUGUCAAUUGGCCUCCUGGCCAGCGGGAUUGCCGCAGUCCCCUGUGUGAGGAAGGGCUACGUGACGGUCAAGGGCAACAAGUUUCAGCUCGACGGCGAGGAUUUCAAUUUCGCAGGUAGCAAUGCCUACUACUUCCCCUUCGACAACAACCAAGCUGAUGUCGAAGCUGGUCUUACUGCCGCGAAGGAAGCUGGCCUGAAGGUUUUCCGUACCUGGGGCUUCAACGACAAGAACGUCACUUACAACCCUGACGGCCUUCCGCAGUAUGGUGGCGAGGGUGCGGGUGCGACCGACAUCAUCUUUCAGAGAUGGUACGACAAUGGCACCUCUGUCAUCAACAUUGAGGCAUUCGACAAAGUCGUCAACGCUGCCACGAAAGUCGGCAUCAAGUUGAUUGUUGCUCUCACCAACAACUGGGCCGACUAUGGUGGAAUGGACGUUUACACCGUCAACCUGGGUGGAAAGUACCAUGACGACUUCUACCACGUCCCUAGGAUCAAGGAUGCCUUCAAGCGCUACGUCAAGGAGAUGGUUACUCGCUACAAGGAUUCACCAGCCAUCAUGGCUUGGGAACUUGGUAACGAGCCUCGCUGUGGCGCUGACGGCAAGCGCAACCUGCCCCGAAGCAACGACUGCACUCCUGAGCGUCUCGGUGCUUGGAUCGAAGAAAUGAGCGCCUAUGUCAAGAGUCUCGAUAAGCAUCACCUUGUUACUUGGGGUGGUGAGGGUGGCUUCAACAUCGAGUCUGACGACUGGGCCUACAACGGUGCUGACGGCAGCGAUUUCGACCACGAGUUGGCUUUGCCCAACAUCGACUUCGGCACCUUCCAUUCGUAUCCCGAUUGGUGGAGCAAGACGGUCGAAUGGACGGAGCAGUGGAUCCGAGACCACGCGGCGUCUGGCCGCAAGGUUGGCAAGCCUGUUGUGCACGAGGAGUACGGCUGGUUGACACCCGACAAACGCCUUGAGUUCCUCGGUAUCGUGAACAACACCCCUCGCACGGAGGUUCUUGGCAAGUGGCAGGCAAUCUCCCUCGAGGAGGAGAUGCCCGAUAUGUACUGGCAGUACGGAUACUCCAACUACUCUUAUGGGCGCAACCAUAACGAUGGCUUCACAAUCUACUUGGAUGAUGCUGAGGCCAAGCCGCUCAUCUAUGAACACGCCGCUAAGGUCAAUGCGCUCUAA